UGUAAUGUUUGCUCAAUUAAUUCACUAUUAUCAUAUAACCAUUCCCCACAGCUAAUAUGCCUUACAAUCUUGGCAAUUGUAAAUUAUUAUUAGAGUUCCCCUACUUUUUUUGAAGAGUAUAUAUGAAAAGGUGGAAAAACUGCCGUUGACCGAUUUCAACCCGAGCGCGUCGUCUCCCAUUACUGACAACACUCUUCUUUCUUUUUCUUCUUUCUCUCAUUUGUUCCUUCCUUUAUUUAAUUUUUUUUUUCUUCUUUUUUUUUAUUUGUGUUGGUGGGGUUUUUGGGGGUGGGGGUUUCAAUGGGGUCUCUUUUUUAUUCUCUAUUCUUCUGUGCUGUUUUGGUAGUGGUGUUUUCUGGGGUAGGUGCUUGUAGUUUUUUGUUUCGGUUUUGUUUUGGUUUUGUUCGUAUUGAGUUGUUUUGUUUUCUUUUGUUUUGUUUGUUGUUGUUGUUUGUUUAGGGUUGUUUUUUUGUUUUGGUUUUUUUAGGGUGUCUGUUGUUCUUUUAUGGUUGGCGAUGACAAAAGAUGCACUGGAUAAUGUGAUUGAAACAUGAUAAGCAUGUAAACUGGUACACACCACUAUAAUAUUGUAUGUGACAAGUUCAUGCUUAUUUUCACUCAUUGUAGAAAAUCGGUUAACCGAGCAACACCGAAUUCCUGAAGCAUGGCAGACGAUACAUACGAAGAAACCAUGAUGUCGACGGUAAUGCCUCUCAACUACAUACACGGCGACCUCGUGCUCAACGUUGAAAACUACUACUACGACGACGACGACAACGACUCCACCUCUGUUAACAGUUCUACCUUAAAUCUGCUCCGAGUCCUUGGACCGCAGAGAAAAGCUCUAUCAACCGUCAUUCCAAUUACCAUUGUCUACUGUGUUAUUUUUAUCACUGGAAUUGUGGGAAAUGUCAGCACCUGUGCCGUGAUCGCUCGAAAGAAGUACAUGCACACGGCGACAAAUUACUAUCUGUUUAACCUGGCGGUGUCCGACCUCCUGCUGCUAAUCCUUGGCCUGCCGCAGGAGACUUACUCCUUCUGGCAUCUUUAUCCCUACGUGUUCGGCGAGGCUUUCUGCAGGUUCCGUUAUCUCGCCGCUGAGGCGUCCACCAAUGCGUCUGUGUUGACCAUUACAGCUUUCACGAUUGAACGUUAUGCCGCCAUCUGUCACCCGAUGCAGAAGAUGCCCUCUUCUUCGAAUCUCAAGAGGGCAGUUCGGGUGAUUUGCAUAAUUUGGAUAUUGUCCGUGGUGUGCGCCAUACCCAUUUCACUUCAGUUUGGAAUAAUCUAUUCCUACGCAAAAUCGAAGGCAAUUACGGAGUCUGCCCAAUGUAAUACCGUUAACGAGGCCGAAUCAAAGGUUUAUUUCCAAAUGUCAACGUUCCUCUUCUUCGUGUUUCCAAUGACUUUGAUUUCCAUUCUCUAUUUCCUCAUUGCCCUCGCUAUUAAGCGGUCUGGCAUCAACAGAAAUGAGUCCGACCUAUCAGGUGAAAACGAAUCUAAGGAGGUCGAUCUCAGAGUGAAACAAAAAGCUCAAGCAAGACAGUCGGUGCUCAAUAUGUUAGUUGCUGUAGUUGUGGCUUUCUUCGUCUGCUGGGCGCCAUAUCAUGCACAACGUCUCUUAGUAGUCUACGUGAAAACUUGGACUCCAAACCUGUUAAAAGUUCACGAUAUUCUUUAUUAUGUUUCCGGUAUAUUUUACUACUUCAGUUCUACAAUCAACCCGAUUCUUUACAGUAUCAUGUCUCUGAAAUUCAGACAGGCCUUCAGAUCGUCAUUAAGAUGUCAGCUGUGUACGGUGAAGCAACUGGGAACUAGUUGUUCUUACACUUACAAGUUCAGCAAAAGGAUCAGUUGUUCAGAUACAAAUGUGGACAGCGCAUCAGUUUGACGAAAGAAAGAAAGAAAUGUUUUAUUUAACGACGCACUCAACACAUUUUAUUUACGGUUA